AUGGGUUUGCAAGCACUUUGGCAUCGGCUCCCUGUCAAUAGCCACCUGGUCGGCUGGCUCGUGGCGGGGAUUGUCGCCGUGAUCGCUUUCCAUCCCAGUCGGACCUGGUGGCGAUUACGGCACAUUCCUGGUCCCUUUCCAGCUUCAAUCACAAAUCUGUAUCGCAUGAGCUGGGUCGACUUCUACGUGACUCUCCGUCCCUACACCCGAAGUGGCGGCGCACUGCACGCCGUCUUCAACACCACUGAGGAGCACAUCCUUAAGCAGAUCAAAACUCCCAUUGCGCCCCUCUUCAGCAUCUCCAGUACUACGACAUUUGAGCCUCUCGUCGACGAAGUAUUACAAUGCAUCCGCGCCAAGUUCGAAGAAAAAUUCACCGAGACACAGCGGAUCAUCGACAUGGGUCAAUGGCUGCAGUUCUUCGCUUUCGACGUCAUGGGCACAAUGACCUUUUCCAAGCGAUAUGGGUUUCUAGAUGAGGGCAAGGAUGUUGGCGGGAUGCUGAGCACGAUCGUUGAUUUCAUGAGGACCUCUGCAGUGAUGACCCAAUCCCCCUUUCUUGAUAUGCUCCUACGCAAGAACAUCAUCGCCGACAUCUUCUGGCAAGCCGUACGACCCACUCCGUCCCUCUCGAUCCUGUCCUUUGUUGCCCAGGCCAUCAAAGAGAUGAAGGAAAAGCUAGCGAGAGGAGACAACAACCCACCCAGCGGCCACACCGACUUCCUCACACGCUACAUCCAGCUGCAAAAGGACAACCCAGACAUCCUCGCCUGGGCUCCCACAGCCUGGACCUUCUCCAAUGUCAUCGCCGGCUCGGACUCAGUCGGCACGAUUAUGCGCACUCUACUCUUCCACCUGCUGGUCUACCCGCAUACCCUCGAGAAACUCCACAAGGAGCUCGAAGAUGCAAAGCUUUCCCGCCCGUUUCCCCGGUACAGCGAGGUGCGAGAUCUGCCUUACCUCGACGUCUGUGUCCAGGAGGCGGCCCGCAUCCACCGGCCGUUUGCACUGCCCUUUGAACGUGUCGUUCCCAAGGGCGGCCUGACCGUCCUCGGGCAUUAUCUCCCGGAGGGGACAGUCAUCGGUGGGGGCCCAUACGUCGUGAAUCGGGACCGGAACACGUUCGGCGAGGAUGCAGAGUUUUGGCGGCCGGAGCGGUGGCUCGAGGGGGAUAUCUCUCAUAAGAGGAAGUUGGAAGGGAGCAUUCUAACGUUUGGCGCCGGGCGACGAAUGCGAGUGGUCGACAAAGAGAAAUUUGAGGUGGAGAAUUCCUGGUUCUUCUUCCAGAGAGCCUUCUAUGCUCAGAUCCAGAAACGUCCCGAAGUGCAGUAG